AUGCCGACUCUGACCGAACUCGCCGAAGAGGCCUUGGCAAAUGCUCGACGCCUCGACGCCUAUACCGCGGCGCAGGGCCUCCCCCUCGUCUCGCUCGACGACGACACGCUAACGCGCGCGGAGCUGCCGGCCGAAUUGCAGACGACGCGGUCGGCGCUGGUCGACUCGGCGCAGAUGAUGAAGCGAUUGGCACAGGGUCCGUUGCUGAAUAUGACGGAGAUGUUGUUUAGCUUCACCGAUAUCAUCUCGAUACAAGCCAUCUACAGGUACGAUCUACCCAGCCAGGUCCCCCUGACGGGGACGGCAUCCUACGAGGACAUCGCACGGGCAGUGUCCCUGCCGGAAGGCAUCUGUCGGCGAUUCAUGGUGCAUGCCAUGGAGAACGGCAUCUUCGAGGAAGUCGAAGGGCGCGUAAAGCACUCUGCCUUCUCAAGGAUGCUGGCCGAGGACCGCGAGGCCAUGCAGGCGAUCGGUAUGAUGGUCGUAGACCUCAUCCCCGCUGGGCACCGCACCCUGGACGCGCUGGCUCGCUGGCCGGCCUCUUGCGAGCAAACGGAGACGGGAUUCAACCUGGCUCACGACACGAACCUGCCGCUGUACGCCUUCCUGUCGCAGGAUCCCGGGCGGAUCAGCCGGUUCGGGACCGGCAUGAAGUUCUUCUCGCGUGGCGGUGGAUUCGAUCUGAAGUUCUUGGUCAUGGGCUUUCCGUGGGCGGAGAUUGAUCGCGAGGAUGCCCUCGUGGUGGAUUGCGGUGGCGGCGUAGGCACCGUGUCGCGCCGACUGGCCGAAUCGACCGAGAAAAUGCACUUCGUGGUGCAGGAUAUGGCCGGACCGGUGGCUCUGGGCCAGCAGACGUUGCCCGCCGAACUGCAGGACCGGGUGCGGUACGAGGUCGGCGAUUUCUUCGCGGAGCAGAAGCUGGUUGGGGCAGAUGUCUAUUUCUUCCGCUGGAUCUUCCACAACUGGAGUGACGCGUAUUGCGUGCGCAUUCUGCGCAACCUAGUUCCGGCGAUGCGCGCCCAUUCGAAAGUGGUGAUCUACGAGUAUAUCCUGGCGGAGGAGCCGGAGCUGAAGUGGUCGAGGAAACAGGGCCGGAAUUUGGAUAUGGUCAUGAUGGCCGGUUGGAAUGCCGAGGAGCGAUCUAUGUCGCAGCUGAGCAGGGUGUUUGCGCAGGCAGACGAGCGAUUUGUGUUGGAGGGAUCGUGGCAGCCGGAAGGCAGCACCAUGACGGCGAUUUCUUUUGGAUGGAAGGAAUAG